AUUACUCUAUAAAAAAACGUAUUUCAUUAAUCAUCUGAGUCAUAUAGCUGUAGUGGUGAAGGCCUUCGGAUUGCGUAGAAAGAAGAAGAAAUAAAACAAUUUAGAUUUUUCCAAAAUUUUCCAAAAUAUCUAGAUUUCGAAAAUUCGUUUGGCAUAUUUUAAGAGAUACAAUUACAUCCCACUUCCGCACAGUAUUUUUUUACCUUUUUCCUAGAUAUUUAGCAAAUUGUCUCGUCCGAUCUGCAUAGCUUUUAUUUUAACAAACAUGGCGGUUUCGGAUAGUACAAAAGAAUUAAAACUAUUAAAAAAGACAAAUAUAUCCGUAUUUGUGGACGAAGUGUUGCCGGAUAUUUUAGUAGUGACUUACGAAUUCGGUUUGCAAAUUUUCAAAGGGGUCCUGCUCGAUUCAACGAAAAGAAAUCUUCCAAUAGGCGUACAAACCGUAAAUCCCGCAUUUAGCGUGAAAUCCAAAAAUCCCGAUGACGAUCCCUUAUACACAGUCAACCAAAGAUUCGCAUACAUGGAUCCUAAUGCACCAAAAAAGAAAAACGUCCAAAUGGGUAGCAAAUACAAAAACAACAAAAUGACCGUUAGAUUAAGACCUCGACAAGUAUUGUGUUCAAAAUGCAAAGGUAUUUGCAACGAAAACUCAGAGAAUGUCUCACGGAAAAGAAAAAACGAAGAUCUACCAGCGCCCGCGCCUCCUCCCGUUAGAAGAGGUUUACACGCUCCCAUUACUAGAUCGGUGAAUAUAUUAAACGAUAAGAAAAAUAGAAGAGGAAAGGAAGCUACACUAGUACCGAGACUGACUAGAUUAACUUUUCAAGAGGAAACGUUAGGGCAAAAAUCGGAAUCGAAAAAGCUUCAAGAACGAAUGGAGCCGGACAAUUCGCAAGAAGUAGUUAGGAAAAAUUCGUCGGGUCAUUCUUCGGGCGAGGAAAACGAGCCGAUUCAAUCGAAAACCAGAAGGGUGAUGAGGAAAAAACGGAGCGCUAGUAAUUUCGAAGACUGGGACGAUGCCAGUCAACAAGAAAACACAAAUAGAAGCAGCAAUAUUUCCCAAUCAAACGUAAAUAGUGACUCACAGAACAGUUACAAUAUAUCGACAAAAACUAUUAAAAUCUCGUACGGGCCUCAAGGUGAAGGGACAGUCCUGAAAAUUCCGGCUCAAAUCGAUAGCGUCAACGAAUAUUCGGAAGAGAACGUGAAUUGCGAAGAACAAAACAAUAAACCAAAAUCCGACGACCACAAGGCAGCUAGAAGGGCAUUAAGAAAAGCGAAAAAAGAAGCAAGAAAGAAAGUCCUCCUCGGCGGAUCUCCUUUAUACCUAGGAGGAGUCUCGCCCCGAUAUACAAUAGGCAGUGCUUCGCCUAGACAAGGCCUAGGCGGCAACUCGCCUAGAUACAUGUGCCCAGCGCUCGACCUGAACGCCCCCAGAAGGCGAAAACACAAAGUGAAGCACAAAAAGAAACAUAAAGAAGACAAGGACCGCAAGCACAAGGAAGGAGAAGUGAGCUCCACGCAAGACGACUCUAAAGAGCAAUGCAUCACCCAGAAGCUGUCGAUAAAUCUGAGAAGGCUCAACGAAACUUACACUUCUUCGCCGAUCACGAUUACCGAGGUGCCCGAAGACACUUCCAGUUCGGACGAACACAACGAAACCGUGCCUAAUUUCCCUCCGCCUGACCCAACGCUGUUAUUGAAAAUAAACACCCAUAGCGUUUCGAGCGCGAUCGGAGCCGAUGGCGUGCGAUUACUCGCAGGAGACGUAGUGUGGGGCAAAACGCAGGGGUGCGCUUGGUGGCCGGGAAAGAUUUUAGCAAUAACCAGUUCGGGUGCUCAAGGUGCGCAGGCGCACGUGACUUGGUACGGAUCAUCGGCCUCGUCGGUGAUGCAAUGCGACCAGCUCAGCCACUAUUUAGAUAACUUUAAGACUCGAUACAAUAAGAAGAUGAAGUGCGGUUUGUACAAGGAGGCCGUCAAGCAGGCUACGAACGAUGCUAGAGAGAACGCCGAGAAUAGGAUUAGACAUCCGUUGGGUAACUCGCCCUCUCACAAUAUCAUUCAAGUGAUACCGCCCGCUUUGGCGUCUCCGAGAGAAAUAGACGUGGUGUCGUAAUAACCAAAAGGAAGAUGCAUUUGAAGCGUUUUUCCUAUUCGACUGAAUUUUUGUUAGUACUUCUACGGAAGUUUGUUACUACAUUGCAGCCAUACAUUUUUGUACUUUUGAAAUACUUUUAGUUCAUAUUAAGAAUUUUACAAGCAAUUUUUUUGUACGAAUACUUCUUUUUCUAGUGUUUCCUAACUUGUGUCUUGUAACAGUUCUUUACUACAUACAUGUUUCUCACGCGAAUCGAUUACUUAUUCUUUUCGAAAAUGGUUUAUUUAUGAUUUGUUUUAUGUCGCUUCAUUUGUGUGAGAAAUUAACUGUUUGUAAUACUUAUUUUGGGUUUAGUGUUAGGCUUGAGAUUUUAUAGCAUAUCUUAUCCUUACGGCAAUACAAAUUGCUAGUAACAAUAAUUUUAUUUGUUGUGUAUAUAUGAUCAUGCAUAUGCACAAGCUUUGUGAUUGUACAGUUUAGAGGUUUAUUUAAUUUAUAUAUACCACAUACAGGGUUUUACAAAAUUCCGUGAUAUGAUUUAAUAAUUAUUGUACAUAAGUUAUUGAAUUUUCAGCGAGAUCGUGCAAAAAUUUUCUAAAAGAUUGUUCCUGCUAAAUUUUAUUAAAAUGUGCUUGAAACGAAUUACAAUUUAUCGUUAAUUCAUAAAUUUCCUACGUGUAUUCAUUAAUGAAGAUUUCUUGUGAGAUUAAAAUUAUAAGAUAUAUUUUUCAAAAAUGAAAUGGGCUGUAGUUUUCUUGAUAUUCGUUUCUUAAUUAUCUCACAACUUGGUUAUCA